CGAGUACAAUACAUACUGUACAUACCCUGAAAUUAUAAACCCUAAAACAUUAACCCUUUGUAGUAUUAUUUUUUUCUUUCAAUGAUAAUAUGACUGUUGUACAAAGGAAGGUACUGGUGUCAGGGGAUUCAAGAGGCUACAAAUGGACUAGUGCUGUAUGGGAAUAGGCAGCUUGUUUCUGUAAAUUCUCUAAUCCAAGGCAGUGCAUUUUCUUUCUCCCUCUCCCGUUCUCUCAAUGAUUUCUUUUUUCUUGUACCCAAAUUUAAGGGUCAAAUAAAAUACGUUUUUUAAACCGUAUUAUACCGUAUUAUACAAAAGCGUUUAAACCUGAUCUCACCUUACUGUACUGGGGAGUCUCUCAUCCGCACCUCCCAUCACUCGGAGUUGACAGGUUUGCCGCCCUCCAGCUUACAUAAACCCUUUCAGCGCCCCUCAUUUUGGCGGGGCCCAGAUUCCUCUUGGCAACAGGCCCUCCCAUUGAACACUUCUAUCCUCUGAGUCAAACCUCAAUUGACUCAACCCAACGUUGGAGCAUUUAAGCAGAUAAAACCCCUCCUCCGCCUGUAAGCUUCAAGCUAUAGUACCAAAAUGUCCGAGCAACAGCAACACAGGGCACUAGCCGGAAACUCUCCGAAUCUACACCUCGAUGAGGCUACUGGGGAAAUGGUCUCCAAGUCGGAAUUGAAGAAGAGACAGAGGAAGAGAGACAAUGACGCAAAGAAGGCUGGAAAGGCGGCUGCGGCUGCAGCCACUGCUCCUCCAGGAGGUAGCACUGCUGUGGCCCUGACGACGGGGACGCAGCUGGAUGAGGCGGAACUUACGCCGAAUGUUUGUUAUUCUUUCUCCUUACCUCUGCCUCUAUAUAUGGAUGGAGUUGGUUUAUUGAUUGGUCCUUGUGUUAAUAGCAAUACUUCGAGAUCCGCUCCCGCUCAAUAAACCGUCUCCGCGAGACCAAGGAACCAAACCCUUACCCGCACAAGUUCCAGGUCAAGGACACGCUUGAGGACAUCAUCAAGGCCCAUAGUGGCACACUAGCCAAGGGCGAGACAAAGCCCGAAUCAGAAGUCCGUGUAGCGGGGCGCAUCCACGGCCUGCGUUCCGCCGGCUCUCGCCUCCGCUUCUACGACCUCCGCGCAGAGGGCGUCAAGAUCCAAGUGGUCGCUCAGGGCCAGGAGGCCGUGGGCGAUUACCGAGCCCAGCACGAAUACCUCCAUCGCGGUGAUAUCAUUGGUAUCGUCGGUUUCCCCGGAAGGACUAAUCCGAAGAAGGCCGACAACCCUGGCGAAUUCUCGAUCUUUGCGAAGGAGGUUGUCUUGCUCUCGCCCUGUCUGCAUAUGCUCCCCACCGAGCACUUUGGCUUGAAGGACCAAGAGACUAGGUAUAGGCAGAGGUACCUUGACCUGAUUAUGAAUAAUAGCACGAGGGAUAUUUUCGUCACGAGGAGUAAGAUCGUGACCUACGUGCGUAGGUACUUUGACGAGAGGGAUUUCGUGGAGGUGGAGACGCCGAUGAUGAAUGCUAUCGCCGGAGGAGCUACUGCAAAGCCGUUCGUUACGCAUCACAACGACUUGAAUAUGGACCUUUUCAUGCGUGUUGCUCCCGAGUUGUACUUGAAGAUGCUCGUCGUCGGAGGUCUGGAACGCGUCUAUGAGAUCGGCCGACAGUUCAGAAACGAAGGGAUUGAUCUCACUCACAAUCCCGAGUUCACUACUUGCGAGUUUUACUGGGCGUAUGCGGAUGUUAAUGACCUUUUGGAUAUUACUGAGGAACUAGUUUCCGAAAUGGUGAAGAGCAUUACCGGCAGCUACAGGACCAAGUUCCACACUCAAGCUGGGGAAGUGUAUGAGGUGAACUGGGAGCGACCGUGGAAGAGAGUUGAAAUGAUGCCUACUCUCGAGGCCGCUACCGGAAGGAAGUUCCCGCCAGGUGAUCAAUUGCACACUAAGGAGACCAACGAAUUCCUCAAGGAUGUUGCCAAGGCACACGGAAUCGAGUGCUCUCCGCCUCUCACCAACGCUCGUCUUCUCGACAAGGCAAGCCCCCCCUCACUUUAGCCCGUUCACUUGCUAACCCCGCCAGAUGGUCGGGGAGUUCAUAGAAGAAACCUGCAUUAACCCCACCUUCAUAACCGGCCACCCACAAAUGAUGUCCCCGCUCGCCAAAUACCACCGCUCGCAACCGGGUCUCUGCGAACGCUUCGAAGCCUUCGUCUGUAAGAAGGAGAUUGUCAACGCGUAUACUGAGCUGAACGACCCCUUCGACCAACGCCUCCGCUUCGAAGAGCAGGCGAAUCAGAAGGAUCAGGGCGACGACGAGGUCCAGCUCAUUGACGAAAACUUCUGCACCAGCUUGGAAU